GUGCCAAACAUAGGAGUCCUUUUCGAUCAGGUCCAGAAAGGGGGGGGGGAGAGAUCCACAUGCUCCAGCAUUCUGCUUCCUGCAGUAGCCAGUCAGAUGCCUUCAGGAACCUCACGAACGACACCCCACCCCCCAUUUUGAGAAUAAUGUUGAAAACAAUAAUUAAAAAAACCUCAGUCUGACAGCGUAAUUCUAAGCAUGUUUACUUCAAAGGAAGCCACAUUCGCUGAGGUCGAGCACGCACGGAUGCAUCUCAAGCACCGUGGCCACGAGGCCAUGCAUGCCGAAAUGGUCCUCAUCCUGAUUGCCACGCUGGUGGUGGCCCAGCUCCUCCUGGUGCAGUGGAAGCAAAGGCACCCCCGCUCCUACAACAUGGUGACUCUCUUCCAGAUGUGGGUUGUCCCCCUCUACUUCACAGUCAAGCUGCACUGGUGGCGCUUCCUGGUGAUCUGGCUCUUCUUUUCAGCUGUCACGGCGUUUGUCACGUUCAGAGCAACUCGUAAACCUCUUGUCCAGACGACUCCCAGGUUGGUUUACAAGUGGUUUCUUCUAAUAUACAAGAUCAGCUACGCCACAGGAAUUGUUGGAUACAUGGCUGUUAUGUUCACUCUCUUUGGGCUUAACUUAUUAUUCAGAGUCAAGCCGGAAGAUGGAAUGGACUUUGGGAUUUCCCUCCUGUUCUAUGGCCUCUAUUAUGGAGUUCUGGAGCGGGACUUUGCCGAAAUGUGUGCUGACUACAUGGCGUCCACUAUAGGGUUCUACAGUGCAUCAGGUAUGCCGACGAAGCACCUCUCGGACAGCGUCUGCGCAGUGUGCGGCCAGCAGAUCUUUGUUGACGUCAACGAGGAAGGCAUCAUAGAGAACACUUACAGAUUGUCCUGCAAUCACGUAUUCCACGAGUUCUGCAUCCGCGGCUGGUGCAUCGUCGGGAAGAAGCAGACCUGCCCCUACUGCAAAGAGAAGGUGGACCUGAAGCGGAUGUUCAGCAACCCCUGGGAGCGGCCUCACGUCAUGUAUGGGCAGCUCCUCGACUGGCUGCGCUACCUUGUAGCCUGGCAGCCAGUAAUCAUCGGACUGGUACAGGGUAUCAACUACAUCCUGGGACUGGAAUAACACACACCCCUCCGCUUCCUCCCGCCUCAGUCAGGAUGUGCCUGGGGAACUGCGCCAACCAAGGAGCUGUGCGGCAAAGGAUGGCAUUGAGACCCAAAGGAGAUGCGUUUCUAAUCACUUACCUCUCAGGAUCGUGGCCUCUUGCCCAGCGCUGCUCCGCCAGCUAAAAUGGAAAGGACUUUGCCCAACAAAAACGUCUCCAAGGCCUGCUUGUAGGUUGGGAGGGAAGAAAGAGGCUUUUUAAAAGAAUGAAGAAAAAAAGAAUUAUUUUAACAAGCAUAUUUAAAACCUUUUUUAUUGCUGAUGUAAAAGGAAAUAGGUUUUCUUUUGUUCUUCACUCCUCACCUCCCUUCCAACACUCUGUUCCUUAGUUAUGAUUGCCACAGAACAAAGGAACGAACAGAGAAGAUUUACACCGCCACAACAACAGCCAGGACAGCACCGCCACUGCCGACCUUUUGCCGUCCUCGCCUAGCCCUUGCGGAGGAGCGGAUUUCCACAGGCUCCCCUGCUGGCCAGGUCAGCAGCUCAAAGAAGCAAGAGGACGUCAAAUGCAGCUGGGCUGCCAGACUCCAGCAAAGAGAAUCUUUGGGCCGCCUCAUCAUCCGGCUACAGGAGAGGUGCUGGCAAGUGAGAGCAGCAGGCAAGGAACUGCCGGGCGAAUGGGUGUGGGGAGCCCUGCUGCAUGUUCUGAUUGGAGGAAGAGAAGACCCUCUGUGGGGUGUCCAGCGCUGGCUUCGAACAGCCGUUGCCCAACUUCCUUCCCUGUUCUUGCCUUGUGCGGGGCUUAAGCCAGGAGAAAUAAUGACCUAUGGCCUGGCUUAGAUUUUUGAACCUGGUCUUGUUCAGAGAGGAAUCUCUCUCUCUGUCUCCUCACUCUGCAGUUUUGCACUAUUUCAUCCCUGUUAGCAAUUUUUUUUUUGUACAGCUUAGUGCUUUUGUACAAGAGCCCCUAUUGCCGGUCCCUGUGAGAUAGGACAAAGCUCCGCUACCCUUGAACAGCCAUGGCUGCAAAUCUUUUGUGUGUUGUCAGCCCCCCCAAAAAGAGCAAGCUGAACACAUGGGAUUUCCAGGACGGGUGUGGAGAAAGGGGUUGCUUGUCUCUUUCCACUUACCCUGGGAUAUAUUGAAAAAAGUGAGGGUAGCUGACAGUUCCUACCAAAGCGAUACAUCAGCCACGUGCCCCCCCCCCUUUCACCUGCAGCCUUGGUGAUUGUAGUGUUUGGACAUAACUGUGGAAGCCGUGUGUGUUUUUCAAUGCUGUUGACAAAGGAAAGAGAGCGCUGCCCACCAAAAGGUAGCCUUUACAGGCAACCCACAUCAGACCCAGAAGGCCCAUGGAAACGGAUGGGGGGCUGUUUGUGCAAUAGGGUGCUCCUCAGGAGGGAGGGAGUAUGGGUGUCUAGAUCCUGAGCCAGUGACGUGGCUCACGCCUCUCUUGCCACUCGAGUGCCUCCCCAACACCCUUGGAGUGGGCAGAAACGGUUUCUACAGCAGACUGGGGAAUUUCUGCCCGAGAGCAGGCUGGGCUAGGUCCUCCCAGGGCAAGGCAGUGAAUCGCCGUGGCCUCCGGGCCUUUCUUGCUCAGCUGGUAGUCGCCCCUUUGAGGUGCAGGGGAACUCUCAGUUGAGGUGUUGCCUGCCAUCCAAUUCAAGUAGUGACAUUUUCAGACCAAAAGGAGGCACUUGUACACACACACCUGAAAAUGGUGCCACCAUUGGGACAGUCCUCCCUCCCCCAAACUUGGGUCCUCCCAGUGUUUUGGACUACUAAUCCCAUCAACCCCAGCCAGCCCAGCUGAUGGGAUUUGUAGUCUAAAACGUCUGGAGCUCCCAAACUAGAGGGAGGGUGGAGCAGCAUCUCAGAAGGGAAGGGCCGUGUACAGAUGAGCCAUUGUGGACUUUAAGGAGCUAGUUUUCUAGAAGGGAAAGGGGGUACACACAAACUCCCUGGUGCUUUUGGAACAAUCCUUCCUUGGGGAUAUGGGGGGGCAGACAUUUAGAACAACAAUCCUCAUUAAGUUCAUGAAUCGGUGGAGUCACUCCAUAUGGCUUGGAGAAGAUCUGCUGUUCAAAACGCGCCCUUGAGGAAGGAUUGUUCUGAAACUUGCUAGCCCUGAAAUCAAUGCUCCUUCCAGCUCCUGGAGUCUCCUCCUCUUCACAUCCAGCCCCCCCUUUUCUGUCUUUGAUGGUUCUGUGCUAAGAAUAAAUUUUGCUGUUUGAAAGGGAGGUUCUAGGGGCGACCUUUGCCCCCUAAGUGGACGGCCUUGUCGAACACAGCAGCAAGGAGCAGCCUCCCGGCCAGAUAGGGUUUGCAAGCCCUUGCAACACUUUUCUCACCCAAAUACAUGUCAGUGUUGUUGGCCCUUUGGAGCAAGUUGUCGCCUUCUGAAGGUCCUCUUUGCUGGUGGUUCGUCAUGCAUGUGACAGUUGACAGUGUUGGACAGCCAGAGGAUCUAAACGUGCUGCUAGGUCACUUGGGGGGACUUUGAUAUCCAGAAAAGGUAAGACUGUGCCGUUUGGAGAGAGUCAAGUAACGUAAAAAAGGGGCUGCUUUGAGGUGGCUGAGCCACCAUCUCUGCACAUGUGGACCACCACUGGUUAUCCCCCCCCCCAAAAAAGGCAUAUUUAGUUGUGUGCACCCAAAUGGUUAUUUUUUGGCUGUUCCUAUCUCCAUUGUGUAAUCUCCAAAACACACUGGGAAGUAAGAGCUCUUCCAUGGACAUAGUUUGAAAGUCGUGGCAUGGCUCAACCCCUCCCUUUUCUAAAAAUAUGUAAUAAAUCCUGCCAGACUGUGUGCUCGUUCUGUUUCCAAAAGUUCCCUGGUGGGCUGGGAGACCCUUGUGUCUGAUGACUUUUGAAAUGCAUUUUAUAGGAAAGGAACUAUAACAGGUGGGCGGGGGAAGGAAUACUUUCUGAACGUUUGUCGAAAGUCAGUGCAUGCCUCACUGGAGAAGCUGCAGAGAUUCUCAUCGCAGCACUUCAGGAGUCGUGCACUUCCAUCCAGGCCUGCAAGGACAGUGUGAGCUUUUCAGAGGUCUCAUUUUCCGCUCUGUUUGGCAUUGUGGCCAGCUCCCCAGCAGCCUGCAACUUAAGGCACCUAGCUGUUUGUCAGGAUUGCCAAUGUUUCCCAUCAGUUGUGCUUCUAGACCAGCUUCAAGCAACCUCGUUGGGGUUCUCUUCCUGUUUAAUAAUCAAGGAGGCCAUCAUUUCCUCAGUGCUGUUUGGUAAUGAGUGUUGGCCAUGACAUCCUCCACAUUCAAGAGGAAGGUUCGUGCAGGCUCAAGGAAAUCUCAAGAGGGUUGUUUUUGUUUUUAUCAUUUUAAGGAAAAAUAAUAAAGGGAUGCUGAUCCAGCCAUCCAGUGAGGACUGAGCAUGUUCAUUGAACAUGGGCUCUUGGGAGGGUGGAUAGAAAGCCAGUGGGGAGAGGGAAUGGAAUGGAACGGUGUAUCCUACAGAAUAUCGUGGAAGAGGUGUAGGCUGGCUGGGACAGUGCACAGGAGCACUCUGCUGCUACAUUUUAUUGUAGGGUGCACUUGUCCUUUUUAAAAAACAAAACUUUCCUCCGUGCCCCCCCCAAACAGUUUUCAAAACUGAAACUGUCCCUCUGGACCCGUACCGUUUAUGUUUGUUUAGUUUCCCAUCAUGGUGGUGCCUGGAUUGUCUAGCAAAGGUUUGUCUGAACUGGACAGUUUGUUGAAGCAAUUUGGGGUGGGCGUGGGGAGAUGAAUGAUUCUUUUCUCAGAUGAUACUCUGUUCAUGAAAAUGUAUCAGGGUUCCUUGGAAGAAGAAAAAAUAAAGCAAAAUCUGAUGACUUGCUAUGA